CGGCGCGCGGACUGUGAAGAGGAGGAGGCGAGCGAGGCUGGCGCGGGGUCGGCGGCCGGACACAUGGCUUAGGACGCCCCGCCGCCGCGCCCCAGCAUGGGGAAACUUCACUCGAAGCCGGCCGCCGUGUGCAAGCGCAGGGAGAGCCCGGAAGGUGACAGCUUUGCUGUGAGCGCUGCUUGGGCAAGGAAAGGCAUCGAGGAGUGGAUCGGGAGGCAGCGCUGUCCAGGCAGCGUCUCAGGACCCCGACAGCUGAGAUUGGCAGGCACUGUUGGUCGAGGCACCCGGGAGCUCGUGGGUGACACUUCCAGAGAGGCGCUCGGUGAGGAGGACGAGGACGACUUCCAGCUAGAAGUGGCUCUACCACCUGAGAAGACCGACAGCCUGGUCAGUGGAGAUGAGAAGAGAAUGGAGAAACUGAGUGAACCUGGCCCUGGCUCCAAGAAGCAGCUGAAGUUUGAAGAGCUUCAGUGUGAUGUUUCUGUGGAGGAGGACAGCCGACAGGAAUGGACUUUCACUCUGUAUGACUUCGACAACAACGGCAAAGUCACCCGUGAGGACAUUACCAGCUUGCUGCACACCAUCUAUGAGGUGGUUGACUCCUCUGUGAACCAUUCACCCACAUCAAGCAAGACACUGCGGGUGAAGCUCACUGUGGCCCCUGAUGGAAGCCAGAGCAAGAGGAGUGUCCUUUUCAACCAUACUGACCUGCAGAGCACGAGGCCCCGAGCGGACACCAAGCCUGCUGAGGAGCUUCGUGGCGGGGAGAAGAAGCAGAGGGCCCCUCUCAGGUUCCAAGGUGACAGCCAUCUGGAGCAGCCGGGCUGCUACCACCAUUGUGUGGAUGAGAACAUCGAGAGGAGAAACCACUACCUGGACCUGGCGGGGAUAGAGAACUACACAUCUCAGUUUGGACCCGGCUCCCCUUCAGUGGCCCAGAAGUCAGAGCUGCCCCCUCGAAUCUCCAACCCCACUCGCUCUCGUUCCCAUGAGCCAGAAGCCGCUCACAUCCCACACCGGAGGCCCCAAGGUGUGGACCCGGGCUCCUUCCACCUCCUUGACACCCCAUUUGCCAAGGCGUCAGAGCUCCAGCAACGGCUCCGGGGUACGCAGGAUGGGAGCAAGCACUUUGUGAGGUCUCCCAAGGCCCAGGGCAAGAACAUGGGAAUGGGCCACGUGGCCAGAGGUGCAAGAAGCAAGCCUCCACUGGUGCCCACCGCCCACACUGUGUCUCCCUCUGCCCACUUGGCCACCAGCCCAGCCCUCCUCCCCACCCUGGCACCCCUGGGCCACAAGAAGCACAAGCAUCGAGCCAAGGAGAACCAGGCGAGCUGCCGGGGCCUGCAGGCCCCACUGGCUGCAGGAGGUGCCACCGUCAUGGGGCGAGAGCAGGUGAGGGAGCUGCCUGCUGUGGUGGUGUAUGAGAGCCAGGCUGGGCAGGCUGUCCAGAGACAUGAGCACCACCACCACCACGAACAUCACCACCACUACCACCACUUCUACCAGCCCUAAACCCCACCAGGCCACCACAUGAAGGACCCACCCCCACGCCUCAAGGCAUUAUUAUUCUAUUAAUUAUUGUUAUUAUGACAAUUAUUGUUAUUAAUAAUUAUUGUUACUCCACUAAUAUUUAGCUAGCCUUCAUGUAGGAGAUAUAUGGAAACACAGAACUAAACUUUUAUUUAUAUGUUGUGGGGAUUAUAUAACUCACCCGAGAAGUGACUGGGUUUGGAAGGGUCCUUGGGCCACCCCAGCUGCAGGGUCCACGCAGAUCUUCCCAAACCACAGGAGCCCUCAGCCCAGCUGCCCCACUCCAGCUCUUCCAGGAGAGCCCCCUUGCCUGGCUCAGCUUCAGAGACCCUCAAGAGCUCCAGAGGUCAACAGCUGCUACCUCUCAGUGUUAUUCUGUUUUGACUUCGCCCUUAACUGAUUGUACCGUGCUGUGGGGAUCUCAGUGGACUGCCGCUGUCACGACGAUGCUUCCCUGCCCUUGUGUUCUCACACCUCAACCUAGACACCUUAGCUGUGCUUUCUGGAGUUACUGCCUCACCUAGGCCCAAGACAGUCCCGUCCUUUUUUGUGGGGGGCAUGCACAAUGUGGAAGCGCCCCCUCCUCCUGUGCCCCCCCUUUGCUUUUGAAGGAUGCGCCUGUGUUUAAUUGAUUGUCCUUGGAGCCAGCCUGCUUCUUUUGGAAACUGCUCCAGAGAGAAGCAACCACAUAAAGAAGUGUGGGUUCCCAAGAUGGCACCAUUGUAUGACGGAGGGUGUGAAACCUGAGUUUGCCAUCAGCAAAUACACUUUGUGGCUCUCUAGUAGCCUUUGUAUCUCUAGGUAGAUGCUGCCUGUCCGUGUCUCUGUACCUUUCUAGAAAUACACUCUCAGGUAUCUUU